GCCAUCGCCUCACUUCCCACUUCAGGCACCACGAACCGCAGAGAAGCGAAACGUCGUACAGGGCAGCCCUUGCGCGCAUGCGCGGUAACGUGAGGCGCGGCGGCCUCUCCUGUUCCUGCCUCCGAGCGCCAAGCUUCUUUCUCUCCGUGGCUUCGGGAACGUCGCCGCCGCCGCCAUGCCGAAGCUGAGCAAAGAGGCGAAGCAGCGGCUACAGCACCUUUUCAAAGGGGGUCAAUUCGCCAUCCGCUGGGGCUUCAUCCCCGUCGUGCUCUAUCUAGGUUUCAAGAGAGGUGCAGAUCCUGGAAUGCCUGAGCCAACCCUUCUGAGUCUUCUUUGGGGCUGAACGAUUUAAUGAAAACAUUUUGGAAGCCACAGUUGAAAAAGUGUAGAUUCCAGAAGCUGGGAAGGACAAUUUUGGUGACUGAGCUACUGACCAGCUGUUUCCUGAUGACAUAGGAUAUGCUUACAACAUGAUGGAAUUUCUUUCAGUUUAAUUUAUUUGUCAUAUUUCAUUCACUUUUGUCUGAAUAAAUGUUUUUUCUGAAAUCAUUUAA